GAUUUGAUGUUGUAGUGUGAGCUGGUGCCAUUGUUGAAAAAUGCGCAAUUCAGCAAUUUCCUAAACAGACAGGGAGGAAGGCAUCAAAUGAGAGCCGUCGAUUCUAAACACAAAGCUAAACCUUGAAGGUGAAACCCGAAUACAUUUAAUAAGAGAGGCGGGUUUAGGAUCGGGGCACGUGCUGAUUGGACCUGGCGACCCCCCCUCGUGUCACGAUGCUUCCGUUUCUUGCGUACACGCAUGCGCAGCGACCCCUCUCGUCUGAUAUUUUAUUUACUCCUGAAACUCAAGAUGGCUCCUAUGAAUGUCUCGGUCCCAUAGCAAAUUGAGGAUGCAAGUAGAUGCCGAAAAACCAACUUUUCCCCGACCACCGUGCCCCUGGAGUUCACUUCGUAUGGUGCGGAGGAGGCCCUAACGGUCGUCUAGGCACCGAGCAGCCGUCGGAGCUCCGCGAAACCCUCUUCAAUCCUCCAAUUUGGAGUAGUUUCGCGAAGUAGCUCUUCUCCUCGCUGUCGCUGUCUGUCCGAAGCGAGGUUCAGACAGGCAAGGCAGCUCAUCCAAAUGGCCGAACCGAGAAAAGUGCAAUUUGUCACCCUCUCGGCCUUCGCAGCUGGAGCAGCCGCGGAGUCCAGGAAACGCCGGCUGGAGGAGGAGGCCGACUUUAACUUCGGGAGAGCCGGGGAGGUCGAGGCAGCGACCGAGGCAGGAGGAGGUGCUGCCACCGAUGAUCGCCCAGGCAAACCCGUCGACAGGGACAAGGCUGGAAGCGAGAAGAAGGCGACGGUGCGGCUCAACCUGUCCCUCUCGGAGCCUGACGACCGCUCCUCCGUUGAGUUUAAUUACGGUGAACUCAUUCAACACCUCCAGGCAAAGAAUAAACCUCCAGCUCUGACUUCAACUCACAAUCCAAACGAUCCCUUCAACGAUGAUGAGAAAGAGAGGCUCAAAGUUGAGGCCUUGGCGAAAAAGUUUGAAAAUAAAUAUGGUAACACAGGGAAGAAGAAGAGGAAGGACAGAAUGCAGGACUUAAUUGAUAUUGGAUUUGGCUAUGACGAGACAGACCCUUUUAUAGACAACUCAGAAGCUUAUGAUGAGCUGGUGCCUGCGUCUCUGACCACAAAGCUGGGGGGAUUUUACAUCAACACCGGCACACUGCAGUUCAGAGCGGCCUCUGACUCUGAGGGAGAGGAGGACAAGCCGAGUGACACCAAGGAGCAGGUGAUUAAGAAAAGGAAGAGGAAGGAGGUAAACAAUGUGGAAGAGAAAGCCUUGAAGAGGACCAUUGGACCUAAACAAGGAAUGACAGCCCUCCAUCGGCCGGAGAAGAAGAAGAGGAAGAAGCUGAUGAAGGACUCGCUGUACCUGGCAGCCAUGCUCCGCCGCUUCACCCGAGAGAAGGAGGAUAUGAGGAAAAGAAACCCGAACAUGGCUCACCUCGCCCUGGUGGGAGGUGCAGCUAACAAACCACACUCCACCAACUCAACCAACCACCUGCUAGCUCCUGACUCCGCCCACCUGCAGGGCAGCACAGCCGGCAGCGACCUCUCACUGGCAGACCUCACCUCAGAUCCCGCUGUGAUGUCCCUGCUUGGCUCAGCCAAUGAGAAGGAGCUGCAGGAUCUCCUAGGUGACCUGGACUUCGGCUUGUUGGACACCGAACAGCAGCACGCCAUGGUAGCCGCGAGGGAGAAUGGCAUUCUGGGAGUCGGUGUACCGGCUCAUAAAGGAGCAGCAGCAGCAGGAGGAGGAGGUGGAGGAGGAGGCACAGGCACAGGGCGAGGUCUGGGGCCUUCCGGCGGUCUGUUUUCCCCGCCCCCGCUGCCUGAUGGACUGCCCGCUCCUCUUACUAAACGCAUCGAGGACCUGCGGGCGGCCUCACGGCAGUUUGAUCAGGAGGGCAGGAAGAAAUUUUUCACUUUGGACAUGAAUAACAUUCUCCUGGACAUUGAACUGCAGGUUCAAGAGCAGCCUCCUGUAGUGCGCUCAGACAUCUACUCGCACAUGGAGGCAUUUGUGCCGUGCAACAAAGAAGCUCUCCUCAAACGCAUGAAGAAGCUCAGUCUCAACAUCCAGGAUGAUCGACUACGGGCGCCUCUGUUGAAGCUGAAGCUGGCGGUGUGCAGUGUGAUGCCUGAGCAGAUAGCCAGAUACAACAUGGACUGCAUGGCAAAGGUUGCAAAGCAACAGUCAGAAGAGGGCGAUAAGAACGGCUCAGAGGAGGAAGAUGAGGAGAAGCCUGGGAAAAGGGUAAUGGGCCCUCGCAAGAAGUUUAUCUGGGAUGACAAGCUCAGGAACCUGCUGUGCAGUUUGGUGCGAGUGAAGCUGAGCUGCUAUGAGAUGGAAAGCCAGUGCUCUCUGUCUGUGGAGGACUACCUCAAGGCUUUCUUGGAGAAUGAGGUCAAACCACUGUGGCCCAAAGGCUGGAUGCAGGCCAGGAUUCUGAUGAAGGAAAGUCUUUCUGUUCACUGUCACCUCACUGGAAACCUAGUCAAGAGGAGAGUGGUUCCUGGGCCCAAGGCCAAAGCCAAGGAGGCUCUUUGGAUCCACAAACCACCUGUCACCAUGACCUCCAACCCAUCUCUGCUCACCUCCACUUCUGUUCUGACCUCCAACCGCCAACUUGGCUCCUCCUCCUCUCCCCCCGAGCCCAUAUGUCUGUCGGACUCCCUGGAUGAGGAUCUGACCGCCCCAUCUCUGGACUCCAUCUCCCACGCUCUGGCCCUCCUCAGCAAUGCAACCAAGGGCUUGGGCCCAAUAGACAGCCCCUUGUCCCCUCCGCCCCUGCAGAUUCCCACCUCCUCUCCUCCCCCCGUUACCCCCCACUACCCUUCUGCCGCAGUCUCAUCCACAACACAACAACAUUCCCUGUUGAAGGUGGAGACGGCCAAGCUGGCAGCUGUGUCUGCUGGAAACUAUUCCACAACAACGCUUAAAACCUCCUCUUCUACCUCCUCUUCCUCGACUCCUGCUGUCUCCUCCCUGGCUCGUGUAUCGGCAGCAGGCCUGUCACUGGCUUCCAGGACUGCAAAUGGUCCCUAUGGCCCAAUUAAAGGGUCAGCCACUAUUAGCCAAACACAGACCCAGAGACUUGUUACUAUGGCUUCUCCCAACCACAGGCCGAGCUUAGUGAUGGCUGGAAGUGGCAAGUUGCAUCCACUCCCUUCCCCAUCACCUCCUAAGCAGAGGCCUCCACCCACAGCUUCCCCUCUGCUGCCCCCUCAUCAGAAGGGCUUUGUCAGUCCGCUGGGCAUUCUGGGAACUAUGGGAGCACCUCAAGGACUCAUAAAGAGCAGUGCCAAAGCCAGCGUCAUCAGUCUAAAUGGCAGCGCGAGUGGAAGCCUCACACCUUCUUCCUCCCCCUCUUCAGUCUCUCGCUCCAACACCACCACUAACCUUCAGUCCUUCUGUUCCCCCUCCCCUGUGUCGUCCUCACCAUCCCCCAUCCUCCACACUUCACACUCCUCUCAAGGAAAAUCGCACACACCUCAUCAUCACCAGCCCAACUUCAUCACGCCCAUGCAGGCCACUCUCACUAAGUCCUCCCACAGCAGCAACUCCUCCCCCAUUAUUAAGCUCACACCUCGGCCUCCUGCGCCCACCCCACCGCCUUCCUCUUCCCCCUCCCCUUCAUCCUCGCCCUCACACCCGCUCUCCCUUCAGAUGGUUGCUACUCAACAGCAACAACAACAGUACACACCCAAAACCUCCAAAACUUUCCGGCCCCCUUUCAGUGUGGCAAGCUUCGCUGGAGGCCAGAAAGUUUUGCUGACCACAAGCAACAGUAGCAUCAACAACAACAAGGGAGGAGUCUCCACGGUCUGCAGUCUCCCGAACAAAACUACUUUGUCUCCUUCACCUUCUGCUUCAGCCAAUCACGGGCAGAGGCAGAGAAUGGUGGGUGGGGCAAAUGUGAACUCAAAGGCAGGAAACGGUUGGGCAACUUCAGGAACUUUGGCCACGUCCUCUACAACGUCACACCUCUCACAGGUAUCAACAGCAGGCACUUCCCUCCUGGGCAGCCCCUCCACUCUGCCGCUGGGCUUUGGCAUGUUGGGAGGCCUGGUGCCCGUCUCGCUGCCCUUCCAGUUCCCCCCGUUGCUCAAUUUCAGCCCUCCAGGAGCGCCAGGGGCUGCUGGUAUGGGCUCAGCCCCCAGCUCCAACUCAGGAUACUCCCUAGCACAGAGCGACCUAAUGGAUCUGUAUAAGAGUCUCCAGUCAGGGUCGCAGGCUGCCCUACCUCCUCACUUGCAGCUUGCUUUUUCAGAUGCCAACCAAAGCCAGAGUGGAGACAUGAAGAGGAAAUCCCACUGACCAAUAACAGCCCAGGACGUCACAGCCCCGUGAACACAUCUACCAACAGGAAUCUUCAAUGUGAUUGAUUGACAGUCAUUUGGUAUGAGGGGGCGGGGCUCCACAGCCUCUUUUUCAAAUGGACCUUAAGGAGAAUCAGUUUAUCCUCGCAUCAAGUGGCAAUGAAUUAAUUUAAGUGUAUUUUCUAAUGAACCGGGUAUGAACAAGACGGGAUGAAUGACGAGAGAACUUGACUUGUUCUGCUUAUUUUUAUUUUUGUCAACAUGUUUACAUAUGACUGACCUUGAUCACUGUGGAAUGAGUGUGAGGUGGUGACGGUACAGAUGAGAGUAGUUGUAUGCUACGUUAUAUGAGUUGUAUUUAAGCUUAUGUGGAAAAACAAGACUUUUGCUCUUGCAGUACAAAAAGAAAAAAGAAAAACAGAAAGAUUUUUUUUUGUCUCCGUUGUGGGAUUCUAUGUGUCUGUAGAAAUGUUAUUGUUGGUCACCUCUGUUCCCACAAAUGACUGUUAAGAAGUAGCUUAAAUUAAUAUUGAUAAAUUAUUUGUAAUUUACACAGGGACAAAGACAUGUUUCAAUGUGUGUGUGUGUGUGUGUGUGUGUGUGUGUGUGUGUGUGUGUGUGUGUGUGCGUGUGCGCGUGUGAGCUGUGAGGUUGAUUCAAAUGUGUGUAUGUAUAUAAAAAACAUUAUACUGUUAAUUUCUUUCCAGGUUAUUCUGAAUGAAUGAGUUAGGAUUUCCCCCUUUUCACAAUAAUGAAAGAGUGUAAGUUUGGCGCCCCUCUCUUGCUCAGUGUGUUUUUGGUGCUGUUUUAAUCACACUGGACCUUUUCUGGAAAAAGACUUGAAUUGAAAAAGUUUUGGGCUCCCCUUCUGGAGAGGGGAGCUGCCUGUGAGAGAGGGGAGAAACGUCAGGAUUGUAGCCUACUUGAAUUGUUUUAUUUUAUUUCUUGAGCUAAGAUUUUUUAUUUUCUUUCUCUGCUUAAUGACUCAAAACAACUUAAUAUAACACAACGCCUUAGUUUAUAUUGAAAAAGUAUGAAAAAGAUCUAUGCAGGACUGUAAAACGCUCAAUGCAAAAGUGCAAGUCGUCGCUUGGCUUCAACCUCUACUCAACUUGUCAGUGCAUUUCUGGAGUUGUGAAUGUUUGUAGAUGUUAUUAUGACAGUCGAGACUCAUUGUUUUCUGGUGUGUGUUUAGACAGAUUGCAAAGAACAUUUUAGAAACAGUGUGUUAAACAGUAAACAGGAAAUUGUUUCGGACCACAGUUGGAUAUAAGAAAUCUGAAGUUCGUUGAAUGCAGGUAGUGCAACAUAAAAAGCACACGAAAAUAACUUUUAGUCUGUUUGUUUGAUCAACAAUGAGCUGUAGUUUAAUUUUCCAUUGGACUGCAAUUUCUGUAUCAAGUUCAUCACAGUUUAACUCCAAGAAAACAAGACAAUUUUGAUUUGCUGCUGAAAAUAUAUUGCAUAUAGUAGUGUUGAACAGGGACAUCUUUCAAUUUUGAGUUUGUGCGACAGUAAUCUCAGCUUAAACUUUCACAUCAUAUCAUUUUAAAUAUUGCAAGCAGCAGAUUUUAGAUUUCCGUAUAAUUUAAUUUCUGUCACAGAUAAUAUCUCCAACUUUGUUGAGAAAGGUUACAGCUUCACCAGUUCUGGCAUUUGCAUGUAAAUAAAAAUGAACGCUAUCAGUAAUAAAUUGGAUGUAGCUUAAAGCAGCUAUAGCUUUUUUUUUUAAAUAGUGAAAAACACGUUUAAUACAUGUGCGAAGUUCGCUUUAUUAGACUGAAAAUGCAAAAUGAGACCAACGGCAAGUUUCGGUCCAAUUUUGCAGUGCAAUACAAAAUUGAGAAGAGGAAUUAAUCAUAGACUGGAUAUAAAAUGGACGUCAUGUCGCUCGGCUCGAAGUGAGGCUGCCACAAAAACUGCUCCCUCUAGUUGCUGGCUGCAGUAUAGGUCAAAAACUCUGCGACGCUGUCCAUUAUAUAUACAGUCUAUGGAAUUAAUGAAGGAACCCGAGUUUCUAGAGUUCUAGAAUUAGUUCGAGUCAGUUCUUGCAACGGAUUGAGCACAAGCGCACGCGCAGUAACCAUAGAACCAUAGAAACGGCAAGUCCGUUGACAACUAGUGUAAAACUAAGACUGGCUGUAAAGCGUUUAUGAACCACAUUCAAACGGUAAAAUUUAAGAUAGAAAUGAAAUGUUUAAAUUAAUUAAAAUAAGAUUGCUAUCUGUCUGAACACACCUGUAGAGACACCUUCCCUAAAUUGAAUACCUCCUUGACAACUGUUCUUCCUGAGUCUCUCGCUGUCCUCCCCGUCGUCCUCCUCUGUGAGAGUGUGUUGUUGACCGGCUGCACCGAGAAUGGCGCCAAAGAUUGAUUGUGUAGCUCACUAAUAUUAGAUGGGGUGUAGCCAGUCAGCAAGUGAAUGUGACAUUAUUCUGACAGUUCCCCCCCAAAUGUUAAACCCAUGAGUAUCAACGUGUGGUUCUUUCAGGAUGUCUUCGUGAAGUCAUGUAACCGGAGCAGUGGGUGACAUCUUAUAAAUUGUGCUUUCUUUGGGGGUGGGGAAGGAUAACAAAUGACAUUUCGUGGUUAACUGGUUGCUUAAUUUGGUCUUUUGUAGAUUAUUUUUGUGUGUUAAAUAUGAAAUUAAACAAAACAGGUGGUUUUCAUGA